AUGGCUCGCUCCCAUCGGCGUGGCGAGGGGCCGCGCGACAGGAGCUCCCUCAUGUACAAUGAUGGGGAUCACCUGUCGCGGAAGCUGGUCGUAGUCCUCCGCCACAAAGGCGGGCGGCACCUCCACAAGCGUGCAGAUGGCUUCAUGCUCCUUCGCGAGGUCAUGGCACAGUUGAUCUCGCAUUACGGCUUCUCCAGCCUGAAGGAGGGCGACAUCGAAGAAGUCGUCCGCAAUGAUCGGCGCGGGCGCUUCGAGUUCUCGACGUCCAACGAAGGCAGAUUGAUUCGUGCGACUUCCGGCCACUCCGCCGGCAACGUGGUCCCGGAUCUGAUCUGCCGCCCUCCCACCAGGAACGUAGAAGCCGCUGUUCCGACCGUGGGAGUCGUCUACGAUGCGCCGGGACCGCCGCUCCGCGAUGAUAGUGGCAGGGCGAAUGAAACUCGGAGGGCCCCGCAACCUGCCGAUGGCCAGACUUCCCUGAUCGAUGACGAAGCCUUGUUCAGGCCAUCUUCCUCUGACAGUGAGGAGGACUCCGAGCAAGUUCAGGACGAGCUGAGGAGGCUUCGACAAGAAAAUGAUGAGCUGAAGGAGGAGAGGCAGCUUCUGCUGCAGGAGGUGGAGGCUUUGAGGGCCGAGAAUGCAAAGCUGCGCGGUCAGUCUGUGGGACCGAAACGCAGCAAAGAUCCAUGGCGGACGGGAGCGGAUCUGCGGCAGCCGAGCGCUGCGCCGACAACCCUACCAGCGCAGACGUCGCUGAAGCUUUCGCCGAAGCCCGUGGCUGCGCCCGUCGAUCCCUGGCAGAACGGAGCAGAUCCCUGGCAGAGAGCUGCGCCGACGACCGGGCAACCUGCGCUCGGCAGACAGGAGGAGAGAUCAGAGCCGGCUGCGCCCAGAAGUGGGCAGCCGCGGCCAGCGACACCUGCAGAAACAACGAGCGAAAAUCUGCAUCAAGGCCUCCACGAGCCAUGGGAGCAGAAUGAGCCCGUGAUUCUUCGAGUGUCAGGCUGUGAGGACGAGUUCUUCGCAAAUCGCCUCCACGGCAAGUAUUUUCGCUUGCAAGAGCAGAGAUGCCAACGCCCCGUGUACAAGCGUGAAACGCAGGCUGACGAACUGCAGAUGGUGCUCUACUUCUGGGAGUGCACCUCCGACCCGGCGCAAUCAGGGUGGUAUUUCUGUCCGAGUGUCGACGAGGAGUGGCAGGCAACAGAAAUGCUUCUUCGUGCAAAGGUCGCCGCCUUGAGGGAGCAGGGAAAAGGGACGAAGGGCGAUCGUGGCACCAGGCAACCGGUGGCCGGCGGCAAGGGUGCGUAUGCCCAGGAGCCGCUUGCCAUCGAGGACGCCACCGACUCAACGUACUGGGACGAGGAAAGCGAUGAUGACGAUAUUGUUGCGGAGCCGCACAAGUGGAAGUACGAAAGGCGACCCAUACCGAUCGAGGAUAUCCGCUGGAGCCAAGAGACGGUUGGCAUCCGAUUCCGGGACGGAACCCUGCUCUUCGACACGCUCCAGCAGAUGCUCGACGGCAGCAUCAAGCCUGACAUCCUUCCCACGUUCCGUGUCGUGUUGUACGAGGACCUCCUUUAUGCCGUCACGGGCAACCGACGCCUCUGGGUCCUCAAGGCGUAUCAGCGGCUGUCAGGUCGCCCAGUACGUGUCAUCGCGGAGUGCCACCCUCCAGCAGCUAUGGAAACGCAGUGGUGCAAACGCCGGUACUCAACGACGAGCAAAGGCGAGUCGGUCCGCUUUGUCUGCAAGAGCUUUGCAGACUGCACUUACACAGACAUGCAGGACGCUCUUUGGGCAGCAAACCUGCGGAAGCACGCCCAAUCGCUUACGCUGCUCGAAACGAAGGUGACCGAUGCGCAGAAGGCCGAGGAGGAAGCCAAGGAGGCCAAGAGGGCUUCCGAGAUGGCCGAGGUCAAGGCCCGCUUCAUGCAGCUGACCACACAGGAAGUGGAUGAGCUGGAAGAGGAGUGCUCUCGGCGAGAUGUGGAAGGGCGUGAGCAGUACCUUGACCAAGGCGGCACCGUCGUGGACGACGAUGCGGCAACCACGGAGCUGCCCCACGAGGAGGGGGAGCAAGAGACCCCACUGGAAGUGUUCCCAGCUACAGACGACGAAGAGGAAGUGGAUUGCACCGCCCGCAAGGCACUGAACUCUCUGCUGGGCGUCGUCCCGGACCAGAGCUCGAACAGCUACAUGCCAGUAGGCCUGCAGAUGGCAGCUCAGCAGCUCCUCGCAGACCCGUACUGCGGCACGUUGGAGUGCCCCUCGGAGCUGACUCCCGAAGGCUGGGUGGACUGUUCCGCGAGCUCGUGGCAAGCAACGCUGACCCAGGACGGCGGCUUCGACUUCCCGGGCUACUUCGAGCCCGACUGGUCCUUGGUGUCGCAGACGUGGCAGUGCCCGGUGCCGGCGGCAGCCGAGCCCGCAGCUGCCAUCCAGCCGACCCCGUUUCAGGUUUGGCAGAUGCAUUUUGCGGGGCAGCUCGCCCAGCUCGGUUUCAUGAUCAGCCCGAGCCAGGCAGGAUCACAUGAUCGCCUCCCGAUAUCUUUGAAGUAG